CAUGGCGCAGUGAACGCCCGCCAGCGCUUCGGCCUUUUCCUUCCUGGACGUUAAACAACCUGGCCCCCAACGGAGCCAUCUCCAACCGAUUGACAAUAAGGGGUUUAUUCCCAGUGAAUAAUCUUAUUGCCCGACAUGUCCCGAUUCGGCGCAAAGAAAGGCAGAAAGCUCCCCGGAGCCGAAUUCACUUGGGAGGCAGAUCCCAGCGGAGAAAAUGAUACGGCGCCGACGCCUUUGUUCCCUGUAUGUUUUGGGUCGAUGUGAUGUGAUGUGAUAUAUUUGCUUCUUUGUUUGGUUGCUUUGUCACAUGGGUGCUUCGUUGCGUCUGCCGAUGUCGUUCACAUUCACCCUGCCGCUACUGCUGCUGUUGUUGUUAUUGUCAUAGCAGUCUGGCUUGCUGCUGCUACUAUUCUUCGAUUAAGGAAAGGAAGGGGCUCUAAUCAUGUCAUUGUACAAACAGAAAUACACCGUCCCUCGCGCCAGACCGCUCUCCUCGCAGGAACAAUUGCAGGUGGAUUUCUAUCGCACUCUCCGGGAACGGUUCCACGAUGGCCCCUAUUACUCGAUUCUUGAGGGGGCGGGGUCGACGAUGAAGAAGGAUAGUGCGGCGCGGGCGAACUUCGAUCCGUUCCAUGGCAUGCCGAGUUAUUCGGGCAAGUAUCAGAAGAAGAAGAGGGCGUUGCCGAGGUUACAGGGGAGGCAGUAUGUUAUGAAGUUCUUCCCCCGCGAAUUGUGGCAGACGAUUCAGCCGACUUUCAAGCCCGAUGCCGCGAUGGAUGGGUACGUGCCGCAGGUGGCGCGGGCUGGGGUGAAGCGGGGAUUUGAGGACGAUGAUGAAGAGGAGGAUGACGAUGCGGCGAAGCGGGCGAAGGCUGGUGGUGAGGAGGGUGAGGGGGCUGAGGAUGAUGAUGAUGGGGACGGGGAUAUUCUGGAUCCGGAGGAGGAGCAGGAAGGCGAGGAGGAGAUUGAAGAUGAUGACUUUGAGGAUGAUGAUGAUGAGAUGGGUGGGGAUUAUAACGCUGAGCAGUACUUUGAUGGUGGUGAUGAUGAAUACGGGGAUGAUGGGUUCGGAGAUGGUGGUGGUGGCGGCGAGGAGGAUACUUAUUAGAUCGAGCUGGAUUCUUGAGAUACCCUUUGUUCAAAACUAUCAUUCUUUGUCGGUUGAUCUUAUCAAUCUAGCGGUUACUUCGGUUUUACUCCUAUGAUUAAUCGGGCAUGUUCAUUUCCAUUGCCGGAGUAUUUGACAUUACGGGUGUCUCUUUGGCCCUACA